AUGCCCACGAAACCAAGCGAGUUUGAGUACCCGGCAGUGGAGAGCCAAUAUUGGGAGCUCAUCGAAGAGAGGCACUUCCCCGACCAGAUGACGGGCGAGAUGUUGUUGCUGAGUGCCACGAUUGCCAGGGCACAACCUCCCCAUGAGCUCAAGGACUUCUCCUGUCUCAUGCAGCUGGUGCAUGAGAGGGAGGCCGAGCUGGAGGGGACCAACUACCUGGGCGGACAGGUCGUGGAGUCCUCCCGGCUCCAGAAAUGCCUGGAGUCCGCACCAACCACGAUCUUCAUGACGGUGGUGAUCCUGGCCAGCGCCGUGAUUGUCCAGUAUGAGGAUGGCUUUGCGGGCUCCGGAGCUGGCCUGGUCUUCAUCGUCUUUGAGGCGAUCUUCCUGGCCAUUUUUAUCGGGGAGAUGGUCUUGAAGCUCAUCGUCCUUGGGUUGCGCUACUUUUCUGACCUGUCGAACGUCUUCGACUUCCUGCUCGUGAUCCUGGGAGUGGCUGGCUUGGUGCUGCAGAUCGCCAGCUACGAGAUGCACGGAACGGGCUCCACGACGCUGAGCACCGAGGGAAAGCUUCUCCGGACAACGCAGACGUUCCGUGUGUUCCGGCUCUUCCGCGUGUUCCGGCUCUUCCGCAUGUCCUCCGUCUUGAGAGCCAAGCUCUCCAGGAAGGAGGUGUCACUCCAGGCUUCGGCGCACCUGCACGCCAUGGCCUUGCUGGACGGCUUCGUCCUCGCGCACAUCCGGGCGCAGAAAGCCAUGGUGCACUUCUUCUGCCAUCGAGGCCGCAUGGACAGCAAAGAGGUCUGCAGAGUCCUCGUGCAGUCGCAGACCCAGGUGUUCCGGGCGAUGAGGGAGUCUGUCGUGGAGGAGGAUCGCGUGGGUCGCAGAGCCCUGGGCUGGGUGAGCACGCUGCGGGGGAGCAUGCAAGCGGUCCGCGAGCUGGAGCACUUCGUGCUGGAGGCACGAAAGAUUGGCCUGCUCGCCGCAACUGACAUUGAGUCGCUGCUGCAGCCCCUGCACGACCACAUGGAGAAGCUGGAAAGGCAGUUCCACAAGGCCUUCUCUGGAGAACUGGAGGAGGACGAGGACGACGAGGAGGAAGAGGAGGAGGAGGCAGAGAAUGAUGAAGAUGUCGGCUCUUCGUCUUCCAGCGACUCCGAGGGACCCAGCCAGGCUGACAAGCUGCAGAUAGAGGAGAUCUCGGAGGUGGAGAUGCCUGACUCGCAGGAUCCUGGCGCCCAUCCGGGGGCGCCUGGCGGCCAGCUGAGCGUUCUUCCCGGUGCGCCGAUGCCCGACUGA